CUGAGGGAGCGGCGGGCGCGGCGGGCCACGAUGGAUUUCCAGCAGCUGGCCGACGUUGCGGAGAAAUGGUGCUCCAACACGCCCUUCGAGCUCAUCGCCACCGAGGACACCGAGCGCAGGAUGGAUUUCUACGCCGACCCCGGCGUCUCCUUCUACGUGCUGUGUCCGGACAACGGCUGUGGCGACAAUUUUCACGUGUGGAGCGAGAGCGAGGACUGCCUGCCUUUCUUGCAGCUAGCACAGGACUACAUCUCCUCCUGCGGCAAGAAGACACUCCACGAAGUCUUGGAAAAAGUCUUCAAGUCUUUCAGACCUUUACUGGGACUUCCGGAUGCAGACGAUGAUGCAUUUGAAGAGUACAGUGCAGACGUGGAAGAGGAGGAGCCAGAGGCGGACCACCCCCAAAUGGGGGUCAGUCAGCAGUAGACCUCCGAGGGCUCUCACUGGAGGAGGAGAGUGAGCCCUGUGGUACCUAGGUGGGCUUGCGUGCUCCUGGGUUAGCAUUUUGCAUUAGCACUCUGAAACAGGACGUCUGGCUCCCAGCAUCCAAAUUAAAAUGAAAUACCUUUUUAAUGACCACAAAAUAUCUGUGAUGAGCUUUGCUCAGAAGUGACCUGAAUUUCACUCCUGCUUCAGUGGGGUUUCUAUGGAGUUGUCUCGGUAGCCUUUGCCAUUUUGAAUUUAGAGUCCAUUUUGUGGCUGACUAUUCUCUCUUGAGUUUAUGUUGGAGAAUUAACAUUCGCUGACUCGAAUGUAGAGAACUCUGAAUGUAUUAAGGAUGUGCUUUGAGUCCUCACAGGUGACCUUACUGAGGGAAAGCAUGGCAGAGAAGAAAUGCAGUCUGCACUUUUUAUGUACUUUUUAAGUGUCUGCAAGUGAAAGGUUUUGCUUAUAAAGCAUGAGUUUUAAUAUCUAGUCAUUAAACUGCACAAGUGCAAAUACAAGGGCAGAAAAGGAUAAUCACGUAGCUUUGGAUUAAGAGGGUAAGAGAGACGGAGAAGCCUUUAGGUGUUUUGCCAUUACAGGAGUACCUGGGUAUGUAGCAACUGGUUCACGGUUAGGUGUAAAUGUAACUUGCUUAUUCAGUUGUUUCAAAACAUGCUAAUUCCAAAGCCACUUUAAAAGUCUAAUCAUGGAAAUAUAAAUGGGUUGAAAGACAUAAAUUAUCGAUUUCUUGAAAAUGUUUAUAAACCGUCCCAUAUAUGAAAUGAAGCAUUUAUUUACCUUCUCUCUUUAUAAUGACAUGGCAACUUGAUAAAUCAUGGAAACAUCCAGAAACCAAGUGCCACUUACUUAAACUUUGAAGCCAUACAUAAAUUUAUGAGGAACAUAAACCAGGAUAAAAAGUUUUUAAAAAUAUGAUGGAAUCCCUCUUUACUUUCUUAAUCUUUUAUUAAAAAAAAAAAAAGAAAAGGAUCCCAUUGUGUAACUUAUUAAAAAAUUGUAAUCAAGUACUUCGAGGGACCUUAUUCACAGUAAAUUUUUAAAGGGACGUGAAAGCAGGAAUCUUUUAAUCAUGGGCUGGCAUGGUUAAAAGAGGGGACAUCUUAAUGAUCAAGAUACUCAGACAACUCACAGAAACAACAGUAAUUGAAUACUGCUGUCAUCAUUUAGCCAAAAACUACUUACUAGGGAAAUCCUUUGUGAUGCUAAUAUGGAAUUAUUUGAAACAUUCAUUUUCUUGGACCCUUCUGCAUCUCUGGUUUUAAUAACUUACGAUGUGGAAUGCCUCCUUUACAACACUUUACUAAACCUAGCAUCUGGGGUGGGAAUGUUUUAAAUGUGCACACACAUGCCCAUUAGGUUGUCGAAGUUUUGAAUUUUGAAAACAGCAGCAGCAGCAGAGGCCACAGAACUUAUGGGAGUCUUGUAUAUCUUCCAGGCAUGUCGGUGUAGACCUGAUUGUCUCCACAUUUUCUGUUUAAUUGACUGGUGCUGUGCGGAGUUUGGCUGCUCCUGGUAAAACAGUGUACUGCAGUUUUAAGUCAUCGGGUAAAAUAAUACCACAGUGGUUUCCAUCUGUGCUUCAGUACUCACAUCUGUUCUUUUCUUGGAAAAACAUAUCAAAGGUUAAUUUCAAGUAAAAUGACUUUCCUUCCCGGUAGCCUGUUAGCAAAACAAAACUUAGCAUUUUGUUGGGGUGAGCACAUCCCACCUUCGCAGCCCUGCCUGCGUUCUGAGUGGCCCUGUUUAUGAGCAAAGGUGAUUGGGAGCCAUAGGUUAUGUGUUAAUAGGUACCGCCCAGGGGUGGUAACCUCCAUUUUAACACAGUAGGCUGCAAGAGUGACUUCUGCACCUGAAAUCGAGAAGCUUGACUAGCUUGCUCCAUUGGAAGGUAAACUGGAAUUUUAUAAAAUUUUAUAGGCUGAAAAUCUAAAUUUACAUAUGUUUGGAAAUUGAAUGGAUAUUAUCAUAAAAUGUAUUUUAUCGAAAAAGUGUUUAGACUUUGACCAAAUACAUGUUGGUAUUAUCAUGUUAAUGUUCUCUGUUUAUAAAAACUAAGCUGAGAUAGACUCAGCCAUUCAGUGGGUUGAUGAGAAUUCUGGUCUUUGUUCCGGCCCAGGAGUAGGGCAUAGAGAACAUAGCUGUAUGUUACUUAUUUUGCAUGGCAAAACCCAAAAGGCAUUAACAAAUAGGAUUGUUUCCUCCAAAACUCCCUUUUCUCCAAUUGCCUGCGUAUCCCCCCAGUGCUUGCACACGUGCACACGCACACACUCCUUCCUGCACUGUGGAUACUCCUACCAGGGCUGUGCUGGUGCAGGGCCUCACCCGGUGGGCAGUGAGGUCAGGCAGCCGUGGUUUCUGCUGUGCAGAUGGUUCCGUGCUGAAUCGUGCUCCUGACCUUCCCCACAUACAAACGCUCACCACGAGGCGGCAGCAGGGUGGUGGGAGGAGCACCACCUGGGACGUAGGAGAGACACCCGGGUUCUAGUCUGGACUCUGCCAUUGACUGCAUGACCUUGACAAGUCACCUAACCAGUCUGUGAACAAAGGGUUUGUGCCCUUCCAGCUGUAAACACUGCCUGCUCUGCCUGCCUCGUGGGAGCAGCAGUCAGGGACACUCUUGGGGACACAAGAAGGAAAUACAUCUGGGAUCUUGGCACGAUGCUGUCCUUAGGAUGUUGGCCCCAGAACUACCUUAGAACAUGUUGAUUUGUGAGUGUCUAGACCCCCAGGACCCAAUCCUGGGGGGCUGACGAAAUUCUGUUCCUUAGACGAGAGGGUACAGGGAGGCCCCGGAAGACAUCUUUGUCUCAAUCGUACAGGCUCUGCCUGUGGGAGGCACAACUUUUCCUUGUCCCCUGGCAGACUGGGGCUUUGGAAAUGGUCUGCAUGUAACCUAACUGAGAGGAGAUUUGCAUGAAGGGUAGCUGGGAGAGUGAAAGAUGAGUACUGUUACUUUUUUGCCAUGUCAUCUAGUAGGGAGAAGGCGACAGUGAAAGUAAAGAGAACCUGAAUGAGAGAGAGAGCGCAUGGGGAGUGCUUGACUGCACGGUGCUUGCUGUGGGCCAGGUGUGAAACUGGAGCUCACCCUGUGAUAACGUUACAAAACCGCCAUCCUGGGUUUGAGUGAAUGAUGGAGACAUUUUUCCUAGGCCUACCUGGGUGCUUUCCUCUGCCCGAUAACAUGGAGCAGGCUUCAGGGAAUCAGUGACUUACGGAGCCAGGGAGGGAGGUGAGGUCCCCGCAGUGCCUGCCACCACCAUGGAUUCAGUUGCACUAAGGUGUCCACUCAUGACUCCCUGGCCCAUCACAGCACAUGGUGCAUUUUGUUUUUCCACGGCUGGAACAUGAUUCUCCGUGUGUCCUGGUACCAGAAUUAGGUUUCCAGUGUACUUAAAUGAAAACCUCUCUCCUCUGGUAGUUGCUAUCAUUUUUCACGUGUAAACAGAAACCAUUCUCUAGCACAAUAUGUCUCUGAAUAUUGUUUCUGUUUCAUAAGAGCACAAAGUAUAUGGACCUAAGGGAGCUGUGAUCCCAAGCGUCAUCAGAAUUUAUAUUUUAGGAAUAUGCCUAGCAUGGUAAAAUUCACAAGUUGGGAAACUGAUGUGAACAAAUCCGAUUUCCCACAGAGAGGCACGAAGGAAUAGGCAGGACUUAAUUUGGGGUUGGGGGAGAGGAAUAAGGCAGAAUGAGAGAGUCGGGGCCUGACAGUUACCAUGUGAGACCCAGGAACACUGUUUCCAUGGCCCUCUCACGAGGGGCCUUCUGUCCUCGAAGGGACUGACUGUGUUGAGAGGCAGAGCCUUGUAUUGGCAGUGGCUUUGUGACUUUGAAAAUGGCCCCCAGCCAAGGAUGUCCUGCUAAUCUGGUGGAGUUCUUUCCCUCCAUAAAACCAGCUGCCAGCCAGAGAAGCCUGUCUGUGCAGACAGAUCUGAGAGGGGCUCCAAUCCCCUGGCAGGUAAACCCUGAGCCAUGUUUGGGUCUCAGUGGUGGCUGGGAGGAGGCUGUGGUCAGGAAUGCCCCCUCAGGCUAGAAGGCAGGGCCCCCCUACUCUGGCUUGCUUCAAGGUUGUAGAAAGAGCACAAUUCAAACUCAAGCGGAUCUCAGACCCCCCCUUCCCUCCAGUGAGUGUUCAACUCCAAGGAGAUGCCAUUGCUAAUUGCUUAGUCUUCAGAGAAGCCUAAAUUUUUUUUAAAAUUAAAAACUAAUCCUCUUUCAUAAAGACCCAAUCAAUUAUCCUGGUUUUGUAAUAACAGAUAUGACACAAGAAGUUGAAGUCUUUGAUUUUAUAGAGUAAUUCUAAACCUUGCCAGAAUACCAGCAGCCUGUGGUGUCCAUGGUAAUGCGGUGUCCAUGGUAAAAUAUCUAUAGCUCCUGCUCACUGGGCACAUUGUUAAAUAAUAUGUUGUCUUUUAUAUUUUUAUUUAAAUUUGGAUUACAAAAAUACAGUAUCUGCGAGCAUUUCAUAUUAGAAACCCCAUUUAAAGCACUAUAAGGCUGAACGGGCACAGGCAAUUAAAAGUGUGUGCCAGGCCACAUAAAAAUAAACAUUUCAUUUGCUUAGAACUGUAUUCGGGUUGUUUGGUACCGGAGAGAAGGCUGACGGUUCUUUGUGAACUGCCUUUUCCCCUUUUCCUGGUGUGGUGUUUUGUUUUGUUUUUGUUUCUCCAGAUUCAUACCCCCCCCCCCAGCACCUUCUGAUUUGUAGGCAGGUGAAGAUGCUGAGCAGCUCUGUGCCAUAUCGGCUUUUGAGCGGGGUAGAAAUCUCCAGUGGGAGGGCAGAUCUGAACUCUCUGCCACGCAGUCUUAAUUUGUGUGUGAGAGCAAAAUUUAGCCAUCUACACAAGAGGCAAAAGCAAGGAACAGUUGUUGGGGUUUUUUUUAGGCAAGAAAUGUUUCGUGUAGGGUAUGUGUGCUUUCUUUGCCUUCAUAUUUCCUUUCAAAGAAAUCUCUUGUAAAUUACAAAACUGUGAAAUGGGUUGCCAAAAAUUGUCACCCUUUGUUAGAUGCUUCAAACAGUGUAAAUCCUAGAUUGAACCCCACCCUCUCCCGCACCCCACCUCCCCUGAGAGGGAGGGCCUCAUCCCACGAUGAAAUUACCAUACGCUUGCUAUUAAAGAGCCUUCCAAACUC